AUGGUCCUGAUUGUAGUUUUUGCUCUGGAGCCCAACCUUCAGAAGCCAAUGUAUAUCAACAUGGUGAGCCUGGCUCUCUCAGACAUUGGUUUUACCACAGUUGCUUUACCUAAACUCAUUGCUCGUUACUGGUGGAAUGAUGGGAGCAUUGGUUUUUACACUUGUCACUUUCAAAAGCACAUGAUCCAUUAUUUUGGAAGUUUAAACUCSUUAAUUUUACUGGCCAUGGCCAUGGACCGAUACUUGGCCAUCUGUUUUCCUCUCAGAUACUCUGUACUGAUGACAAUCCCAACCAUGACAGUCCUGACGGUCUUCUGCUGGGUCAUAACUCACAUCUUUCCCGGCAUCGGCUCAAUCUACAUGGUUCAGAUGUCAUUUUGUGGCCCCAAUCAAAUCCUGCAGGCCUUUUCAAUGUUUAUUCUGUAUGUUCCUUUAGGCUUCAUCAUCUUCUCCUAUGUUUGCAUUGUUGUUACAGUCUUACAGAUGGUCAGUGGGCAGGGCAGAAAAAAGRCCUUUUCCACUUGUGCUACUCAGGGAUUUAUCAUUUCUAUAUACUACUURCCUCGCUUUUUUGUCUACACUGCACCAUACAUUCCUAAUUUUCAAAUGACUCAUGACAGGCGGAUGAGCUUCUUUGGAAGGCUCUGCGAGAUCGCAGGCUUCUCCAGGAGGCUCUCCUCUCCCCAACUGCUGGGACCCCCCGGCAAGCCGCCAGGGAACCGCUCUGCCAAGUCGCUAGGGUACCACUCCGCCUGGUCAACAGGAUCCAGCUCCACCGAGCCACCUAGGUCGGAGAAGAGAGUCCCGACUUCCAUCUCCCCAGGUACAUCUCACCAUCACCGCCGGAGGAGAGCAGCAGCGACUCCAGGGCCUUUCCCAGCUGCCCCACCAUCCAGCUCCACUAAGCCGAUGAGAUCCAGCUCUGCUGAGCCAACAGGAACCUGCUCAUCUGAGCUGUCAGGGGGCCACUCAUCUGAGCUGUCAGGGGGUCACCCAUCUGAGCCGACAGGGUCCCACUCUCAUGAGAGGGUUUCUAAUACCUCUUGUCCAUGCUGUCUAGUGAGAGUCCCUAACACUUCACAACCAUGUUCUCCAGAGUCACCUCUGAGGGGGGUCCCAGACACCUCUGCCUCCUGUGCCACCUCCGAGGGGGUCCCAGAUGCCUCUUCCUCCAGUGCUGCUUCCCAGAGGGUACCUGAGGCCAUUAACCACCAGUGCCCUCAAGAGGGCCGAAGCUCCUGA